UGGGAACACAGCAGCUCAGCUUCCAUUCUUUGCUUUCGUCUUUUCUUUCAAUUCUCUCAUUCAUUUAUACCGCUAGCCGGUUCCACUACCAUCAUCAUGGUCUACACUCCUUUCAUACUGGCCGCAAGCGGUCUUGUCACUCUCUCUUCUGCUGCUCCUCUGCUGUUUAGCUCUCUAGCACCGCGUGCUAAACUCGUGUCGCGUGAUGCGAACUCUUAUACAACCUUUGGUGGAAAUGGUAGCCCUCUCCAGGGCUGGCCUGCUGAAAAUGAAUGGGUUUCUAGCUAUGACGACAUGUUCUCUGAUAACAAGGAUAUCCUGUCCAAAUCUUGCACCCAAUGGAACGUUGAGAACAACAGCGACGAGGAGAUUAAGGCUCUGAAGAAGAGCAUAUCAACCGUGGCUGGCGAAACUGAUCUGGAUCCUCGUUUCAUCUUCUCCAUUGUCAUGCAAGAAAGCAAUGGUUGCGUACGAGCCCCAACAACAGACAACGGAGUCAUCAACCCCGGCUUGAUGCAAUCUCACAAUGGCAAAGGUUCCUGUAAUGGCGCAAAUGGUGUGCUGAACCCAUGCCCAGAUGAAAUCAUCACACAGAUGAUUCGUGAUGGGGCUGCUGGUACUGCAGAUGGCGACGGUCUCAAGCAACUCGUUGAGAUGUCAGGAGGUUCUGACGUUAGCAAGUACUACAAGGCAGCCAGAAUGUACAACAGUGGAAGCAUUGCAUCCUCCGGAAAUCUCGGGCAAGGAAUCGCUACUCAUUGUUACGCUUCGGACAUCGCCAACCGCCUCCUUGGGUGGUGUGCCGACGCUUCAAAGUGUGACGCUGGCCUCGUGGGCACUUUGACUGCUAGCGAAGGCAGCUAUGGCCAAGUUGAUAGCAACUAUGCACAGAAAGAGAGCGUCGAUACUACCCCAGAAUCAGCACCUACUUCAGCUCCUGCCGUGGCUGAGACUUCAUCCCUCACACCUACACCUACACCCACACCGACUCCUAUUUCUUCUCCACCAGCCUCUGUCACUGUAGACCCUCCUCAGUCACCAGCGACUGUCACUACCACACCAUCUACUGGAGAGGACGACCACGACGCUACUGAUAUUGAACAACACCAAGUUACCACCAUCGUAGACGUGAGUGGUGGGGAAACCACACCAUCAAACAAAUACCCGGAAGCAGUCGACAAUUGUUCGCUGUAUCACACUAUCACCGAUGGCGAAUACUGCGACAAAGUCACCGAGCAGUUCUCUAUCUCAUUGACCCAGCUGAUCAGCUGGAACAAAGGGCUUACGGCCGACUGCAAGAACUUGUGGCUGGGCUACAGUUACUGCGUCAAGUCCACGUAACACACAAGAAACUAGCAAGUUUUCCUUGUAAAGUCGUAAGAUGUCCUGAACAUUGAACGAUACAUCAUACAUUUCUUCAGAGCAGAGCUCAUUUUCAGUCAGCCACAAGGCUUUUCUUUCGCAAUGUGCAAAUGAAGCUGCCAUUGCAAAUUCGUUUGCAUUCAAAAGUAUUACACUUGAACAGACAAGCCUGAACUUUGGUUGAUUUUCCUUUACGUUAACGACGAUAUCCAAUCAUGAGCCUAGCAUAGCGGGCGGCAUUCAACACUCGUUUGAACAUACAUUGGGCGCUCACGGCUCUUCGUGAGCGUCCUCCAUUCAUGUACAUAUUUCAUAGAAAUACCUGACAGGGGUGCCUUGUCUAAGCAAUUGGGCUAUGUGCAACACAACAUAGCAGUCAUACCAGUCCCUUUCCCUGCUCCUUUGUCAAAUGAUCAUAGGUGGUCCACGUAACUUUCUGAAUUCAUAAGCAGGUCGAUUCUGAGUCAU